AUGAAGAAGGGUACCCUUUUCGGUUUCGUUCUUUCCAUUUUUGUUAUUUUAACAACACUCUGCUAUUUUAUUUACAUCAUACAGCAAUAUGCUACAAACUAAAUAGAACCUAAUUUUAGGUCAUAAAGUUUCAUCAAUGAUGGCGAAAUCGACAUACCUUUGAAUAGUGAUUUAGUUGCUUUCAAGUUCGAUUACGGCGACAACACUGACCUUUACAAGGCUAAUUCAAAAAACAAAACAUACUUGGUUUAUUAUGCUUUCUUUUACUACUAAAAAUUAAACAAAUAUGACAAUAUCAUGCUACCUGUUUUUGAAUGUACCAAUUCUAAACUUUUAGGAUUUUACUGCCUAGACCUAUCUGUGAUUACUAAUACAACACUUAUUCUGAAUACCUAAGAAAAUAUUCUAUCAUAGAUCUAGCUGUAUACCUAUGGAUGUUUAGAUGUUGAUAAUUUAAAAAAGACGGUUCCUGAUAAUUGUGCAACCUAAAAAGAGAUAGACCAUAUGGUCAAUGGUAUUAAUGCUGCUUUCAAACUUAAACUAUUAACAUCUUAGUAUAACACCUAAACAUAAGAAAAUGAGCACAAUUAUAGGAACGUUUUGAUAUAUACAGUUGCUAACUAGUAAAUAGUUACCUAAAUUAAAGCUCAAAAAUAAAUUACCUCUGUGAAAUAAGGGUUAAUUGUCUAGACUUAAACUCAAUACUCUUCUCCUAUUUCUUACACUCAAUCGGAUUAACCUAUUGAUAGAACCUAUGCUGCAAACUAUAUUGGAAUCGCUAGUUAUAACUGUCUAGUCAUGUACAUGGAUGAAAUUGUCCAACAAAUUUAAAUUUAAUAUCCAUCUCUACCCUAAGUAUUCGCAUUCAUUAAUAGUAUAUUUACUUUUUUGAUGCUUUUGGGUAUUUUAGGAAGAGCUGUGUCUCAGUUUUCAAUCAAGAAGGAUUUUUUUAUACUUUUCUUAAAAAACUAAUACCAAGACACUUAUUUGCAAUUUAUGAAGGAAAAAUAAAUUUAAAAUGCAGAAAAAGAGAAAGGUAAGGAAAAAUAUGUAGAAAAGAAUUAGUAGACAUUUGCUUAAAAUUGUUAUGCAUAAUAGCAAAAGUAAAACUAAAUAUUAGGAAUAUAAGGAGUUGAAGAAGGAGGAGGAGAAGAAAUAAAGAGAUUUGAAGAGAAAGAAUCAGACAGAAAAAUUUAUGUACCUAAUUUUAGAAGUAAAUACAAGCACUGUUUGGAUUCAGAGACAGCAUCCUAAUUCAAUAGUAAUAUUAUUGACAAAGAUAACCAAUAACCCAAAGGUUUUGGAGUUGCAGUAGUAUAAUCAGAUGAAUUAUCAAAUAAAAUGCAGCAUGAUUGUUCAAAUCAUGAAAAUUAGAAUGAUAAAUAUGGUUUAAAUAAUGUUACAUAACAACUAAAUACAUAGAUUAGUAAAUUCUAUUAAGCCUAAGACUCAGUAAUUUAGUAAUAUUAGCAAGGCCAUGGAGAAUUGCUAAACAGUUAAUUUACAGAAGAAAACUAUCAGUGUUAUCCUUAUAAAUCGAGCUUAUUGUAAUCCUAGUUUAAAAAAUAGAGUACCUUAGUCAGCCCCUCAAAUUAUUAAUCAAAACUAUAACAACAAAUAAAAAAAAGUGUUAGUCUAAACACCUAAAUAGUGAAAAAUAUUGAGGAAAAGAUGAAAAAUAUGGAAAACAUCCAAAAUAAAAAGUUUUCUGAUAAACUAAACGAGUUUAUUUUUAAAAUGAGGUAGAGUUUUCAAAAAGAAAAAAGAGCUAGUUGGAGGAUUAAAAAAAAGUUAGCUCAAACAAAUCGAGUCUUAAAUAAAUAAGUAAUUGGAUAUAUUGAACUUCGUCAAAGAAGUCUUGUUUUUGAAAAAAGCAAUUAUGCUUGUCUUUGAUCCUGACCAACUAGCAGCGCUGUAACUUAUAGGCUGUUCUCAGCAUUUUUUAGAUUAGUAAUUGGAUGAUUUAGAAUCAGAUCCUAAUUAAUUUGAAAAUGACAUUAAACUGAAUUUCUAUGAAAAACAAUUCGCCGUUUCGUAAUCAGAGAAAUUAUAACAACAUUACAUGAAGAGAUUUUUAGACAAAUGUAAGAAUAAAAGCAAUUUUAACGAAUUAGAUGAAAGAAUUUUAGCUUCUCUCAAAAACUGAAAAAUAAAAUGAUAAUUUUUUUGCCUUAAAAGGUUCUGAUUCAAAGCUCUAAAAAAACU